AUGCCCAAGUUCAAACAACGAAGAAGAAAGCUAAAAGCCAAAGCCAAAAGAUUAUUCAAAAAAAGAGAAGCCUCUCGCAUUCAUUCUAAGCAACGUAUACCUCCUCCUCUACCACCCUCUCCAGAAAGAGUUAUUUCUACAACAGAACCACCCCCUAAUAGAAGAAGUUGGCUAAUAUCAUCUUGGAGCUUGAAAAUUCCCAAUAUCAAAGAUGCUGUAAAAUUCUGUGUAAACAGAGUGUGGUGUCUAUACAACUGGUGCCAAAACUGCAUAACCCAGAGUUUAGAAGUAUUGCGAGAUACCAUCUUUCCAUCUCGUUUCUAUCAUCAAGAACUUCGCAGUCUAAAAGAACGGUUUUGCAUUUUGGAAAGUGAAUUAUGCAAACUCCAGGAAACCCUGAAGAUUAUCUCAGAAAAUUCUGCCUGUCCAAAUUGUGCUCAGAUGCGUCACUUCAGUGGAAAAUCUACAGAUGGGCCUGCCAAUGCUCCAAGCCAGCCUAGUGAAUCCCAAGCUGUACUUCUAUGUACACAGCCACAGCCGGCCAGCCAGCCAGCUCCACCACCUCCUCCACCCCCUCCACCUCCUCCACCUCCUCCUCCACCACCGAGUGCACCUUUGCUACUCAGAAAAUCCAGCACCACCAAAGCACUUGAGAUAAAACCAUUAAAAAAAGAUACUCCUAUGCAAAUAACAGUUAAAGAUCUACUGACUGUGAAAUUAAAGAAGACUCAGAGUUUUGAUGAAAGAAAGAAGCUUGUACCACCACUGAAGACACAGCAUCCACUAGUCACUGUCUCCGACCUGCAGCGUGUUGCUCUGAAAUCCAGCUCCAAAGUGUUAUCAACUCGAGUUACCAAUGUCUUAAUUACUCCUGGUGAAAGCCAAAUGGAUCUGCGGAAACUACUUAGAAAAGUGGAUGUAGAGAGAAGCCCAGGUGGAACCCCACUUACCAAUAAAGAAAAUAUGGACACAGGAACUGGACUAACUCCAGUAAUGACCCGGGCUUUAAAGAGAAAGUUUCAGUUGGCUCAUCCUAGAAGCCCAGCUCAAACUGUGCCACUUUCUACAAGCAGCUUUGAUGAACAAAACUGA